UCGUGGUACUCGUUGCAAAAGUUGGACGCAACUGCGCGUCAUCAGCGCAGUAAAAGUAAUUAUUUUUAAUUUGUGCUUAAACUAAGUAUUUUAUAAUAAAAAUACAUUUGAUAUAGCACACACACAAAGCAGAUACAGAAAAUUCUAUUGAUUUCUACGCUCGUCCAAGAUGGCGGACGACGAGCAAUUCAGUUUGUGCUGGAACAAUUUCAACACAAAUCUGUCUGCUGGGUUCCACGAAUCGCUAUGUCGUGGGGAUCUGGUGGAUGUUUCGUUGGCUGCGGAGGGGCAAAUCGUGAAGGCGCAUCGUUUGGUGCUGUCCGUCUGCUCGCCCUUUUUCCGCAAAAUGUUUACGCAAAUGCCAUCGAAUACCCAUGCCAUUGUUUUCUUAAAUAAUGUCAGUCAUUCGGCAUUAAAGGAUCUGAUUCAGUUUAUGUAUUGCGGCGAAGUGAACGUUAAACAGGACGCCUUGCCAGCCUUCAUAAGCACAGCAGAGUCGCUGCAAAUAAAGGGGCUGACAGAUAAUGAUCCUGCGCCGCAGCCCCCACAGGAACCCACACCCCCACCAGCCGCACCUCAUGUACAACAACAACAACAAAUCCCCGCCCAGCGUGUACAACGUCAACAGCCUCGUACCUCUGCCCGGUACAAGAUUGAGACCGUUGACGAUGUUCUGGGCGAUGAUAAGGCCACUACACAAAUCGUCAUCCAGACAACAGCCGCACCACAAGCCACCAUCGUACAACAGCCCCAGCAACAGCAGCAGCAGCAGCACAUACAAACGCAGCAGCUGCAGACGGGCACCACAACAACAGCUACGCUGGUGUCGACAAACAAACGCUCGGCCCAACGGGGCAGUCUGAUUGGCUCAGGGGCUGUGAAGCGCUCAAAGACAUCCACCACAACCAGCACCGCCGCCGCCAACGUAAUUGACCCACUGGAAUCGACAACGGACACGUCUGCGAAUGCCACAACUAGCACACAGCAGCUGGGAACCCAACAGAUAACCGUGCAGACAACUGUGGUGGCCGCAGACACGAAGGUGCAUCAGGUGCGCCAGCAGCAGCAACAGGCUGCCGCUCAAGAGGAAGCUGAAUAUAUUGAUCUCCCAAUGGAAUUGCCCACAAAGUCAGAGCCGGAUUAUAGCGAAGAGCAUGCCGAGGUAGCGGGCGAUGGCGAUACGCCCUACGUAGAGGAUGAUGCCUACGGCGACAUGCGCUAUGACGACAGCUAUUUCACCGAGAACGAAGAUGCAGGCAACCAAACUGGUGGUAACACGAGCACCAGCAUCGCAGCCACCACGUCAAAGGCCGUUGUCAAGCAGCAGUCGCAGAGCUACAGUGACUCUUCGUUUGUCGACACCGGCGCGGAUCAAGGCAACACAGAGGCUCAAGGUCGCUCUCGCAGACGCAAGUACAGGGACUACGACGGCACUGCAGUCUUCGUGCCCACCGCUCGAAAUCAUCCCAAGCUGAUAAUUGGCCAAAAUCAGUUCAUAUCUCACCGGGGCGUCGGCAAGAUUGGAACGUGGCGCUGCUCGCAGCACUCGAAGGGAUGCAAGGCGCGUGUCUUCACCUUUGCCAUGGGCACAGAGAUCAAAUACCGUUUCUCGUGCGCCGCCCACAUACAUCGCAAUGUUAACACAAAGUCAUCCUACUCCAAGAAGAAGCAAGCCAAGCAAUUCGUUAGCCAGGAAUAAGAAUAAGAAUAAGAAGUACAAGAAGUUCUUAGCCAUAUUUGAGGUACAUUCGAUUUAUAAGUAUGUUCAAUGUUUUAUUUUGCUCUUGAUUGUCCUCGUAUUGUCUCUGCAUAAUUUUACCUACAUAUAUUUAAAUGUCAAAAAGUGUAAUGCAUAUAAAUUGAAAUUGCUUAAUGAUACAGUAUGAUAUGACCAAAAGUAAUAUAUGCAUAUAUACGGGGUUAUCCAUAUUCGACUGACCCAUGUUUUUUCUUUUAAAUUAAAGACAAACUCAAUUUUUUGAUGUUUACUAAAAUGAUGGUUCAAGUAGAUUUGUUGACAUCACUUUUUGAAUAAGAUAUCUCUCAAAUGGCCGCCUUUAGAAUUAACGGCGUAUUAUGCCCGCUUUGCAGCAUUUUCCAUAGUUAUGGCUAACAUUUCGGGUGGAAAAGAAGGAUCUGUGAAAACCAUUUUGAAAGACCAUUAGGGACUACGAAAAGUCAAAUCUCGUUUCCUAAGAUGAGAUUAAGAAGAUGAGAUCAAGCGAAUAUCUUGCUAAUAGCGAGGCCAGAUUCAAAAUCAAGGUUAUGAUGACAGUUUUCGUGGUGUUUAUUAUCGGGAGGGGAUUACUUUGAAGAGGAAGAAAUUGAUUUACAAGAAUAAAUGAAGAUUUUUCAUUUUACAAACAAAUUCACCUUACUUUUUGCCCAGUAAUAUCUGGCAGAUGAGUUUGUCGAAUUUGAACAGCCCUGUUGUUCGAAAAAGUUAGCGUUUUUAACAUCAAAUAAAAAGCCCAAAAAAUUAAAUUUAAGUAGAUUCAUUUUGUUUGGCAAUCAUAGUGUAUAUUCAUAUACAUAUAUGAAUAUAAUAGAAAUGGGUCAACGAAUCGAAGUUAUACACUGGCAGAUGAUAUUUUCUAAAUAUUUGCAUAUAUCGAAUCAAGUAUUAUUCAGGUUUCUUCAUUUUUUGCUACCUAUAUUGACUAUAUUCCCUCUAGUAUACAAAUAAAUGUUGGCUAUAAUAAUAAAAUAGAGAAACUGUAUUGCCUAUGCAAAAAAUUUAGUUAAAUUUGUUGUCUAAACUAAAAUUAUGUCUUUUUAAUACUUUAUACAUAUAUAAAAGAAAUAGUUUAUAGUAAUUGUCAUAUAAAUAGCUGAUGUAAUGUAAUGAUUUCUCCAAAUAAACAUAUUUGCAUUUUAAGUUAAA